CCCUUGGAGACCCCGCUCCCGUUGCCUAGACUAGUAUGUUUCUGGUAGAUGUUGGUUCGUAACAUUACGGCGGAUUAGACAUUUCCUAGCUACCACUUUUCAUAACCUAAAUACGAUACCUUAGGUAUAGGUUAGGUACCUAGCCUACCUAACUUACGUAGUAGUUGACAACCUGGAAAUAAAGCCCUGGGAACUUCCUCUCCUAGAAAUUACCCUUUUUCCCCAUGGGCUUUUCAUGGGCUGCAUUGUAACGUACCAGGCCCCCUCGUCGCGACAUUCGCCGCCGUACACUAAGACACUGCCCACAUCCUUUCGAUUAAAUGGCCUAUUAGGUACCUAAAUUACAAUUCUAGUACAAGGCGGUCAAAAUUUGGAUUAUAAGUCCCGUUCUUUACCGUAAAUGGUCUAGGCCUGGCCAAAAUUACUGACAACAUCGCCAGUCAAGAAGCUUAAACCUUCACGACGGGUCUGAUAGUAACGGCAAAAAAAUAAAAAGGGUUAACUUUCAACCACAUCUUUACCUAUAAGCUACCUAAGGGUAAAAAUGGAACAAUGCGAUUUUAUCAUUAUCGGUGCUGGACUCUCUGGGAUCAACGCGGCUUACCGCUUGAAGACUCAGCUGCCUGACUGCUCCUACACCAUCUUAGAAGCACGACACGAGAUCGGCGGCACAUGGUCGUUCUUUAAGUUUCCCGGUAUUCGUUCGGACUCAGAUCUUACUUUGUUCGGCUUUCCUUGGCGACCAUGGCUACACGAUGCGGAUAUGGCUGGAGCCCAUCUUAUUAAAGAAUACAUAGAAGAUGCGGCCCGAGCCGAAGGUAUCGACAAGAAGAUUCAGCUCAAGCACCAGGUCACCGGUAUCAGCUGGUCUUCGGCGGAACAGCUUUGGACCGUAGCAGUCAGCGCGGACGGCAUAGCGAAGGAAUUCAAAGCCAGAUUUUUGAUCGCCAGCUCGGGGUAUUACAAUUAUGCCAGUCCGCUCAAGACCGUGAUUCCUGGCAUCGAAAAUUUCAAGGGCACGGUCGCGCACCCUCAGUUCUGGCCUGAGGAUCUUGACUAUGCUAAUAAGAAAGUUAUCAUCAUCGGAUCUGGAGCUACAGCCAUCACUAUGGUGCCAGCCAUGGUCAAAAAGGCAGGCCAUGUAACGAUGCUCCAGAGAAGCCCGUCCUACGUUCUCAGCCUGCCCCUAUCAGACCCGGCUGGGAAAUGGAUCAGGAACAUUUUCCCAGAAAGAAUUGCUCAUUCACUCAACUGGUGGCGAUGCUUCAUAGUAGAACAUCUCUUCGUUUUCUUCUGCGUCACAUUCCCGAAUCUGGCGAGAAAGUUCAUCGUAAAUGAGAUGAAGAAAGAAUUGCCGCCUGAUAUUGAUGCAGACGUCCAUUUCAACCCGAAGUACGACCCUUUCGACCAGCGCCUAGGUUUAUGUCCAGAUGGUGACUUUUUCAAAGCUCUACGCAGGGAUAAUUGCGAUAUCGUGACCGACCACAUCGAGACGGUCACAGCAGACGGAAUUCUUACCAGAUCGGGGAAGAAGCUUGAUGCGGACAUUAUCGUUACAGCUACGGGCCUUCAUGUCCACCUGCUUGGAGGCAUCACCCCCAUAGUUGACGGGCGACCUGUGGACGUGGGGUCAUGUUAUAGCUGGAGAGGGACCAUGGUAACUGGUGUACCAAAUGCCGGCGCCAUUAUGGGAUAUACCGUAACUUCCUGGACGCUCGGUGCUGACAGCUGUAUCAAGCUGGUCAUCAAGCUUUGGAAGCACAUGCAGAAAAUCGGCGCGACUUCAGUUAUGCCAGUUAACGCCCAAUCUGACCUCGCUUCAUCCAGGCCGGUUGUGGAACACAGCUCGACGUACUUUGUGAUGGCGCAGGGCAGGUUACCGAGGAUCACGGGUACAUCGCCGUGGUAUGGACGCACAAAUACCAUAUACGACCAUAUAAAGCUGUGGUUUGGUAGUGUUACAAAGGGGCUGGAGUACACAUACGCAUCGAAGAAAAACGACUAAGCACUAUAUAUGAGGAACAAAGAAAGGGGGGGG